AUGACUGUUGCUGUUGGCCCUACUGACCUUUACAGCGUCACUGAUGAAGAUGAAGAUACAGGCUCGUAUGGUUUAGGAUAUCGUCAUAUACAAGCAUUGCUGAUGUUUCUAUCUGUUACCGUCGGUUUCAUUGCGUGUGGUCAUGCAGGAGUCACGAUUGUUGCGAUGUCGAUACCUGAAAAUACUACUGCGGAAACAGUAACCACAAGGCUAAAUAGGAAAUUUGAAUUGACUCAAACGCAUGAUAUCGUUAGAUAUUUGGAUAUAUAUAAAAUUUAUGAUUGGCCGAAGUCAGUACACGAGAUUAUUCUCGGGGCGUUUUACCUUGGAGUUGCUGUCAUGAUGUUUCCUAUCGGUCUCUUGGGUCAGCGAUUUGGUGGAAAGCUUCUGCUUCAAAUAUCAUUGUUUUUAAAUGCAGUCACAUCGCUUGUGGCACCUUGGUUAAUUGCAUGGGGUGAUUGGAUAUCAUUUGCCGUAAUUCGUUUCUUGCAAGGCGGUGCUCUAGCUGGACUUUACCCCGGAAUCCAAUUUACAGUCACGCAUUGGUUUCCUAUUAGCGAACGGAACUCUCUCAGCGGCUAUAUUUAUGCGGGUACAGGCAUUGGAAGCACGUUAGCGUUCUUAUUAGCAGGUAUGCUGGCGGAGAGUGAAUUGGGAUAUCCGGGCAUAUUUUGGUUAGUCGGAAUAUUAUGUUCAAUUGCGUUUUUCUUGCACACCUUCCUUGGAGCUGCUACCCCCAAUGAACAUAAAUUUGUGUCUGAGAAGGAAAAAAAAUAUAUUGUACGGGAUCACGUGGAAAAAGUGGUGAAGAAAUCCAAAGUUCCAUGGAAAAAAAUACUUACUUCGAUUCCUCUGUGGGCGACUGUCAUAGCACACGUGGGAAAUUCUAUGGCAUUUGUGUUUAUCUUUAUGCAAGUUCCAUCGUACAUGGUUGGAGUGUUGAAUUUCAACAUAAUGGCUAGUGGUAUUCUGACAGCACUGCCUUACUUGGGUUCAUGUUUCUCGGCGUUAGCAUUCGGUAAUCUGUCCGAUUAUUUAACUAAUAGAAAAAUCAUCAGCAUGAAAAUGGCGAGAAUAAUAUUUAAUUCGAUUGGAUUUACAAAUGUUUCGGAGGUCCAGAAACACAAUACACAAGCACAAACACGCAAACCACGACAUACGUCUUUAUGGCCGAUACAAAUAUCUUUCGGAACUGUAAAUUACAUAGACUUAUCGCCAAACUAUUGCGGAACCCUGAUGGCGAUAGGAAACACAUUAACCAACAUCUUUGCUGUCGUCUUACCCAUAAUAAUUUCCUUUGUUGUAACUGAUAUGACAAACCGGUACCAGUGGCGCAUCUUAUUAUUAUUGAUGGCUGGGGUCACUUUUGUUAGUAAUAUCAUCUUCACCAUAUUCAUGUCAGCUGACAUUCAACCCUGGAAUAAAGGAGAUGAAGAGGAAGAAGAGGACGCCGCUAAGCAAGCUUAA